AUGCCGGAGCCCAUCACCUUCAGCGUCUGUGCAAGUCAAACACCCAUGCAGGCAUAUGGACAGGGCAUUAGUGCAGCAACGCUGGAUGUAUCCACUAUGGAAUCUGUCGACUUCUGUGUUCAGUUUUCUUCUGCGGAUUCUGUCUUUGGUCUUGUUGUUGAUGAGGGUUCUUUUUCGUCUUCUGCUGAGGAGUCGUUUAAUUAUUUUGCUUUGUCACGUAAGUGCCGUGCUGUCCAAUGCGAUCUCCUGUGUUUGCCUGCUGAUAUUCUUUUCUCUGGGUCGUCUGUGGAGUUAGAGGAUUCGACGGUUUCAGAAACCCACUACACCUUUUCUGCUUCUCAUUCUGUUGCCUGCCAGAUGUCUCUUCCUUCUCUAUUGUCACUUUUGGAUUUCGAUCAUUCUUCUGGCUUUGGCAGCCAGUCUCUCAUGUCUGAAUUCAUUACCGCAUCUGAUCUUGUCCGUGAUUUCUUUAUUUCCCGAUCGAAUUACCAUGAACUUGACCGUUAUCUCUCAUCCUUGGGUUUUGGUCGAUUGAAUUCUGAUCAGUACGACUGUCUUAUAGACCGUGGCUUCCUAGCUGAGUUUUCUUCUCAGUCCGUUUCUGAGCGUCUCGCUUCUGCUGAUGUUUGUACGCAAUGGCCCGGGGAAAUUGUUGUACAAGAGGAAUUCGAGGAAACGCUUUAUGUUGAUGACUCUCUAUCUUCUGACGAUGAGGACCUUUACCUUCGUCGUCUUCACCGGGGCCAGAUUUCUGAAACUGCCUGCCAGGUUCAAUCAGAAUUCUUCAGCAGUGAAUUUCUUGCGACAGAAGAUACUGAAGUAGAGCAAGAACCUCACUAUUUAAGUGAUUACCGUCAACUGGAAGUCAUCAAUGAGUCGAAAUUGCUGCGACAAACUACCAACUACGACAUCGCUCGAUGCCAAACAGGAAAUACUGUAGUUCCCAUAAAAACCGAAUUUUGGGAAGAUAUCAGUUACAAUGAAUCCACCCGGGCGAGCCAGACAACUAAUCUGCCCGCUACCUAUAUCGAGCACUUUAUGAAAAAAUACAAACAGACGGAGAAAGAAGAUCGUUAUAGGCCAUGCCUGCACGACUUGGAUGUAACUACCUACUUCUUUGAUGAGGAUAUACACGAGGAGGAAUACAGACUGAGGUUGCAGCACCUCUCGCCUUCGUUGAUGUCCUCACUGCCGUAAGUUGAAAUGUUCAUUCAUUCUUUACUAAUGGAGACUGGCUAAUACUCUUAAAUGGAAAUGGUGUUACAACUGUUAAUCUCCUAGACAUUUUAAAAAGCAAAUGUUACUUAGGCCGAAGCUAUGAAUAUUCGACAUCGAAAUUCUCCAGAGGACUGAACGUUUUCUCGACUCGAACUUUAUAUUUCCGAUACAAGCAGGCUUUCCCACUUAAUCGUAUGCCUUAAGAAUGCCCAGUUCACUAUAUUGAGGAGAAAUAGUCAACAUCAUCUAAGAAUUCAUGGAGCAUUUUUAUCAGUAAAUAUUGUUGUCUUUACCCACACAUUUACAGCAUCAAAUGAAAACUCAAAUUUACUAUAUAGUAACCACCAACGUUAAUGGCACACCAACAAAGAACUCGUCACAUUCACGUACGCACAAAUCUGUCUUCUUAGAAGCAAAAGGGUCCACGUUCUUCUUUUAAACCCAACCAGACAAAUAAACGCCUUUAAAUCAAGUUUUGGUAAAUGAAGUGGCAAACUAAUAAAAACCAGGGAAAUAGAGAAACUGUCACGAGUCAUAUGUCGCAGCCCUUUAUGUGUGCUCCGAAUAGAAAUUAGAGUAUUGUAGUCGGUGCUUUUAAAGAUAUCCCACAGUCUUUUUAACCCCAAAACCUCAUUCUGGUUAAUAACAAAACACACAUUCCUUCCUAAGAUAGUACAAGCUUGACGCUAUCAUCAGAAUGGACAUAGAUUGCGCAGUCAUUAUUUUGGCCGUCUUCUUUGUUUAAAGCUAGUUCUUAAACAUAUCAUUGCCUGUACUUUGGCGUAAUGACAGAUUAAAGUCCAAUUACCAAGAUAAUGGGUGUCUGCGUAAACUUGCAGGGUAGGUUAAUUGCAAAUGUCUCAAUCAGAUCGAUAUCUUGCUUUCUAUUACUUCCCUGUCAUGACUCUCAUCGUGCAUAAUUAACCUCCCCGAUUUCAUUUCCUUCAGUUCGGAUAGCAUGGUUGUACAAAUACGUCAGCAGGUCGUCGACUAUGAGCUAUGCCAAAUGGUUAGUCAUCUGGACUCCAGGCGAUGGAACGACAUCCGAGAGGUGGCAAGUCCCAUCACAGGUCUGUUCGCACCAAUCAACAUUGCGAUUCGUCGGGGAUGGAUCCAAAUGGGUAAUCGUAAUGAAUACAUCGAUCCAUCCACAGGCCAUCACAUCCCACUAGAGACCGCCCUCGCCCAGGGUCGUUUGCGCAUGGCUAACACACGAAGCGCCUCGACAAGGGGACCGGCAGAGCCGUCACUCAUGUUCAUCGAACGAGAGUCUUAUGGCUGGUAUCGGGCUGAGGCAACGCACGUUGUGAACACAAAGACCCACGAAAAACUGAGCAUCACUCAAGCCAGAUCAGAGGGGCUUAUAAAACGAGAGGAGGAUGACUCGGUGUGGAUUCAGGACAUACGGAACUCUCGAUGGGUGUCAGCAGACGAAGCCGUUGCGUCAGAAAUCCUCUUUGUAGAGAACAUAGAGAAGAUCGAAAACAACGAAGUGGAACUUUGCGAACGCACAGAAAGUACUGUGAGGGCAUACCACGUGGACGCCAUCAAGCCCGCCGGUGAGCCGUGCGAAUGGUUGAGUACUGAUGACGCAGUAAGACUAGGUUUCUUUAACCCGCAGACCGGUGAUGUGGCUGUCGAUUGGCCAGCUAGACCCGCGUACCCUUCACUAAACUCCUCAAGAAGCACAAUCUCCAUGAGCGAAGACUACACAGUGCACCACUGGUGCAGUUUCCUGACGGCCCGUCAAGCUGGCUGGAUAAAGAUGCGACCAGAGUUGAACACUCGGCGUUGGGUCCCUUUAACUAGGCCGGGUACAACCAACCCAAACCGCCGUCUCAUUGCUUCGACUGCCAAGCCAAUCUACAGCGAAUGCGAAACUAUCCAAAUGGAAAUGUCCUACCAUCACGAAUUCCUUAGUCACAGCGAAGAUCAGCACGAAUCAUUCCAACUCUACCAACGCCAGCACCCAUCGGAAAUAAGCUACUAUCCGGCACAUCGACUGGAGGGGGAGUAUGAAGAGCUGGACUACGAAGCAUACAAUGAAUCUCAGUACUAUCAGAGCUUACGUCAAGCGCAACCCCAAGAGGUAUCGCGAAUUUGGACCAGGGAAGUUGACUACCACGAGUCCUCAGAGACAACCGAAACAGCCCAAUCCUUCGCAAGAAGACGACGCCGGUGUGACUAA